AUGUCGUUAGAAGCCAUAAAAUUUGAUAAAUCAAAGCCAGAGCAAGUCACGGUCGAAAUUAUAGAUCAAUUAUUAUUGCCUUAUAAAACCAAAUAUAUACCAAUUCAUACGAUUAAUGAUGGUUACCAAGUUAUUAAAAAUAUGCAGGUCAGAGGAGCACCAGCAAUUGCUAUUGUUGGCUCCUUGUCAAUUUUAGUCGAAUCGCAAUUGCUGCAAACGGAGGCGUUCACAAGAAAUCAAUGGUAUUAUGACCUUUCAGAUUAUACUUCGGUCAAAUCAAGAUUACAAGAAAGAUUAAAAUUUUUGCUGAGUAGUAGACCAACUGCCGUAAACUUAUCUAAUGCGUUGGUUGUUAUAACAACGCUUUUGGAGGAGUCUACCGAUUUGAAAGGAUUCAGUUUAGCUGUAUUUAAGUUUGUGACAGCUCUUAUUGAAGAAGAUUUGGCUAACAAUAUCAAAAUGGGAGCCAAUGGAUCAAAAUAUUUGUUAGAAUCUUUAAAACAAGAAGGUUUCGAAGAUGAUUUCGCCGUAUUUACUAUUUGUAACACAGGAUCGUUGGCAACGUCUGGUUAUGGUACAGCAUUAGGUGUCAUCCGUUCUUUGUGGGAAGAUUCACGAAACAAGUUGAAUCUCGACAAUCCAAGCAAGAAAUCCAAGAUGUCAUUCCAACACAAAGCCAAACUUGCACAUGUUUAUCCAUUGGAAACUAGACCUUAUAACCAAGGGUCGCGUUUAACGGCUUAUGAAUUAGUUCAUGAAGAAAUCCCUGCUACUCUGAUUACAGAUAGUUCAGUGGCGUAUAGAAUUAAAACCAGUCCAAUUCCUAUAAAAGCUGCUUUUGUAGGUGCAGACAGGAUUGUUCGUAAUGGGGAUACUGCAAACAAGAUCGGUACCUUCCAAUUGGCUGUGAUUUGCAAGCAGUUUGGUAUUAAGUUCUUUGUUGUCGCUCCAAAAACAACAAUAGAUGCAGUAACAGAAACUGGUGAUGAUAUUGUCGUGGAGGAGCGUGAUGGUGACGAAUUUAAAUUAGUUACUGGGACGGCUAUUAAUCUUGAAACUGGCUCAGCUCAAUUAGAUGCAGCCGGGGAGCCUCUAGCAGCAAAAGUGGGAAUUGCACCACCUAAUAUUGACGUUUGGAAUCCAGCUUUCGACAUCACGCCACAUGAAUUUAUUGACGGUAUUAUCACAGAAGCUGGUGUUUUCGUAAAGAACAACAACGGUGAAUUCACUCUCGAUAAACUAUUUUAA